AUGCUCAGGACCCUUGGGCUGGCCCUGCUGGCCCUGCUCAUCAUUGUGAACCCAAGCCAGGCCAGCGGCUUCACAGAAAAAGGCCUCUCUCUGCUGGGCUUCCGGCUGUGCAACUACAGCGUGAUCCGGAGCGUGCAGAGCGUGGAGGCUGUGCAGAUGUCCCGCCUGACCCACGUUCCCUGCGGCGGCUGGAUCCCCUGGCGGCGCUGCCCCAAGACCGUCUACCGGACCCGGUACCUGGCGGUGGAGGUUCCGGAGCCCAGGAAUGUGACCGACUGCUGCGAGGGCUAUGAGCAGCUGGGCCUCUACUGUGUUCUGCCCCUGAACCGGUCUCAGGAGUUUGCCUCCAGACCUGGGAGCUGCCCGGUGAUGGGGCUGGAAGCAUCCGCCUUGCUGUGCACCCUGGAUGCUGACUGUCCUGGUCUUCAGAAGUGCUGCCCCUCAUCAGGGGGCCACCGCUGCUCAGCCCCUGCAGCCCCAGCUCCAGAGAGCAAGCCGGAGGGCUGCUGGUACAACGUGACAGUUGUGGUGAAGAUGGACUUCAAGGAGCUCCAGCAGGUGGACCCGCGGCUUCUGGAUCACAUGAGGCUCCUGCACUCCAUAGUCACCAGUGCUCUACAGCCUCUGGACACCACUGUCCACCACCUGCACUCAGCCGGGAGGGACCCCUCGACCACAGUGUCCUGGCUGCUGCUGGGCCUGCCAAGGCCGGUGCCCGUGGCCCAUGUCUCCGCAGUGCUGGACGGCGUGGUGAAGCGCAUCUAUGAAGUGAUCGAUGUCCAAGUGCAAGACGUGAACGAGUGUUCCUAUGGUGAACUCAACACCUGCUCGGGGAGGGAACUGUGUCUGAACGCGGAGGGCUCGCACCAGUGUGUGGGUUACCUGAAGUCACCCAGUUCGUCUCCCCCGGAGCUGGACGGCACGUGUGCAGAUUACCCUCCCAUCAGAGACCUCGUGAUCCUCAACGUCACCAGCAGCAGCUUUCAAGUGUCCUGGAGCUUAAACUCCACCCAGAACCACACUUUCUGGGUGCAGGUUUACCGGGGUGAAGAGUUGUUCAGGAGUGCCAGCACCCCCGGGAUGAGUCUGGAGGUGGCCGGGCUGGAGGCUGGAGUGAGGUAUGGGGUGAAGACCAGCUACCAGGCGUGUGGGGCCAACAUCACUGCCAUGGUCACUGUCAGGACUGAUGCCCGAGUGUUUGAAGUCAUGGUCAGGAUCCUAAACCGCAGCAUGACAGAGGGGCUGCUGGACCACGGGAGCCCCGAGUUCCAGGACUUCUCCCAGCAACUGAUGCAUGAGGUCGCCGCCUCCUUGCCGCCGGCCAUUUCCGACUUGUACCGAAGAGGGAAGCUGAGGCUGCAGGUCGUGUCUCUCCGGACCGGAAGCGUGGUGGUGAGGCUCAGGCUGACCAUGUGGGACCCUGAGUUCCCAGUGGGCGUGUCCACGCUGGCCCCUCUGCUCCCGGCUCUGUGGGCGAACACCGUGUUCCAGGUUGACCAGCGGGGGACGCGCGUGCAAGACUGGGACGAGUGUGCAGACAGCCUGGAGCACGACUGCUCGCCGGAGGCCCAGUGCAUCAACCUCGAGGGCUCAUAUACCUGCCGGUGCCGGACAGCCAGGGAUGCCCACCCCUCCAGACCGGGCCGGGUCUGCGACGGUGACGUGCAGAGCCCUGUGGAUGUGCCAUCUCCAGUGUCAGAGGUCACAGCCUCGGUUCCCAGCACAGAAGCAACAUCCUUCAGUCUGGAGACCCCUGCCUUGUCCCCCAGCCCUGGACACCUAUGGAGCACCCCUGCAGCAGGCCAGGCCUGGACCCUAGGGCUCCCACCCAGGAGAGGAGUCAGUGGCUUGGGCAGCCACGGUGGUAACAGCACCAGGCAUGGCAUGAAGGCCAGCGUGGCCCCAGGCCCGGGGACCGGCCAGUGGACAGCCAGCAGGGUGGCCUUUUCCCCCAGGGUUCCUGGACCAACCCAUAGCUCCUCUCCUGGGGCCACGGACAGCCUUCCAGACACCCCUGGACAGUCACCCCCUAACUCUACUGUGGAGCUGCCCUUCUGGCCCACUCCUGCCCCGGAUCCCACGGGCCACAUUGAGUGGCACUCCAGCCUCCCCAUGAGGGACACACCCCCAGCACCUCUGGACCCCACGUGGGUGCAGAACUUGGACCCCGGGCCCUUCAGCUCUCCAGACCAGCCCUUGGCCCCCACGCCUGCAUCUCUGAAGACCCCGGCCUGCGCUCCUGUCCCUGUCGGAAGGGUCACUGUCUCCAAUGUGACCAGCACGGGCUUUCACGUGGCCUGGGCGGCGGAUCCCACCCUGCGCUCCACUUUCCAGCUCAGCCUGGUUUCUGCUCGGAGCACCCCUGUGCACCUGCAGACCCGGAAAGCAAGCCUCACGCUGUCAGGCCUGGAGCCCGGCGUCCUGUACCUGGUGGAGAUCGUGGCCAGAGUGUGUGGGCAAGAAAGUGCCAGAGCCCAACUGAAAGUGAGGACAGCGGCUCAGAAGCUCAUUGGGAAAGUCAGAAUAGUGAACGUCAGGUAUUUAGAAUCCUUCAGCAACACCAGCAGCGAGCAGUCCCAGGCCUUCCUGGAGCUCUUUCUGAGGACGGUGCGGAAUUCCUUGCCAGCCUUCAUGCUUCAGCACCUGGACACAGGCGGGGUGCGCAUAGAAGUGACCCGCAUCUCCAACGGGAGCAUCGUGGUGGAGUUCACCUUGCUGGUCCUCGCAGACGUGGAUGUUCGGGAGGUGUCUGCUGCAUUCCUGGCUGCCUUUCGGAACACCUCUCUGCUGGAGGUGGUCGGAGGCGACACCUUCAUAGGGGAUUACGAUGAGUGUGCAAGCCAGGAGGAUGACUGUGCCCCAGGCUCUGCCUGCAGCAACACGCUGGGCUCCUUCAUCUGCAGCUGCGAGGGAGAUGCCCCUGACCUCCUGGUGGAAUUUUCUGGAAGACCCUGUGAAGGUGACUCUCCUGGCAACACAACCCAGGCCCCUGGCCCAGAACAGCCCCCGACCCCAACAGGAGCUGGAGCUACCUCUGGGCAAGGUGCCCUCCCUGCCUCCCAGGGUGUGUCCCCACGGCUGAACCUGACUGGGGCGGUCAGGGUGAUCUGCGAGAUCGAGAAGGUGGCCCUUGUCAUCCAGAGGCGCUUCCUGCAGCAGGAGGGCAUCCCCGAGUCCUCGCUCUACCUGGGGCAGCCGUCCUGCAACAUCAGUAACCGAAACAGCACACACGUGACCCUGGCAGCCGCGUGGAACGAGUGCGGGACCGCCCUGCAGAGCAACAUGACCACUACAGUGGUGAGGACCACGCUGAGGAACGACGUGUCCCCAGAGGGCAUCAUCCACCACAUGAAGAUCGAGAGCCCCAUCCACUGUGCCUUCCAGAACGACCUCCUGACCUCAUCCGGCUACACGCCCGAGUGGGGGGUUUACACCAUCAUUGAGGACCUCCACGGCGCUGGAAGUUUUGUCACUGAAAUGCAGUUAUUUAUUGGAGACUCUCCGAUUCCUCAAAAUUACAGCGUGUCUGCCAGUGAUGACGUUAAGAUCGAAGUAGGGCUCUAUAAACAGAAAAGCAACCUGAAGGUGGUCCUGACCGAGUGCUGGGCCACGCCAUCCAGCAACGCCAGGGACCCAGUCAUGUUUGGCUUCAUUAACAACAGCUGCCCCAUCCCCAAUACACACACGACCGUGAUUGAGAACGGCAAUUCCAACAAGGCCCGGUUUAAGCUGAAAAUCUUUUCCUUCAUCAACAACUCCAUAGUCUAUUUGCACUGCAAACUCCGCAUCUGCAUGGAAUCCCCUGGAGCCACGUGCAAAAUAAACUGUGAUGACUUUCGGUCACUGAGAAGCAGCGAGCCAUCCGUGAUGCACCAGAUGUCCUGGGGACCGCUGAUUCGGUCUGAAGGGUCACCUCCAGCGGCAGGGCCGGGCCUGGGAGCCGGCUACCUGGUCCUCAUUUUGGGGGCUGCCUGCGCCUUGGUGGCUGGGGCAAUUGCCCUCCUCGUCCAGCAUUACCAGAGAAUGACUGGAAAAUACGACUUCAAAGCUGGGUCCGACAACUUCAGCUACCAGGCGUUCCACGAGUAA